UUUUGAGAAGAAGAACCAUAACCUCACAUUUUCGCAUGGUGAAUGUUUAUUUUUAUUUCUUCAUCUCACGUGAAAAUUACAAAUAAAUCACGAAAAAUUGAGUUUAUAUUUACAAAAAAUCCUCAAAAGACGCAAAUUGCAAAUCAAAAGGAAAACAUAACCAAACUUUUUUGCAAAUGAAACUAAAAAGUGAGCCUCCGCCCCGGAAAUUGGAGCAAAUUGACGAUGAAGCAUUGGAAUCAUUUAGGAAUAUUCCAUCAGUAAAGGGAAAUAAGCCAGCUGAGGAUGCUGAUGGGGGAAAUGAUUCGGAUAAUGAGGUAAAUGUGCGAGCUCAUCGAAAACUCCUGACGGCAAUUGAAAAAAUUGACCGGACCCAGCACAUUAGGGCUCCAGCACGAACGGAAGUUGCCACGCGUGAAUCUGAAUUCCACGUGGUUAAAUCUGAGGGGAUUAUCAAGCGCCAGGAGAAAUUUUCCUUCAACAAACUCAAUAAUGUUUCAAAGAAAUCCAGUGCAACUGUUGCGAAGGAUUUGAAGAAGCUCAGCCGGUCGAAGAAGAGACUCGCAAAGCCACUGGAGAAGCCAGUUGCUGAGAGAAUUUCCCGAGGAAUUGCUUAUGAGAAAGCUCGGCUUGAUCUAGAUCGUUGGGAAGCUGUUGUUCAGAAGAAUCGCUUCGACGAUUGUCUUGUUUUCCCACAGCAAAGUGCUAAUGAUAUUGCCAUUGAGGAGGAUUCCCACGAAAAGACCCCAUCCUAUCGUAUUAAAUCCGACUUGAUGCUAGAGCUGGAAGCUCUAGAUGCUAAGAGACCUGGGAGAGAAGCAGAGGCAGAAACACCACAAAAGGACGCUAAAUCCGAAGGGAAACUCUCUAAGAAGGAACUCUUGGUGCAGCAGAAGGAACUGGCACGACUCCGCCGGAAGGAAUCGUAUGAGAUUGAGAAGGCAAGACGGCAGAAUAAGAUAAAGAGCAAAAAGUACCAUAAAGUAAUGAAGAAGGAGAAAAUAAGGAAGCAAGUGUUGGAAUUUGAGAAACUCCAGAAGAGUGAUCCGGAAGAGGCUCUACGACGUUUGGAGCUCAUUGAGAAGUCUCGCAUUGCUGAAAGGUCCCAACUGAGGCAUCGCAAUACGGGAAGUUGGGCAAAGAAUCUUCAAAUUCGCGCAAAGUACGACAAAGAAGCGAGACGUGAUCUAUCGGAACAACUCUCAAUUGGGCGUGAAUUGAAGCAGCAGAAGCAGAAAGAGGAAUCCGAAGCAUCAGAUCAGGAGGAAGAUGCUGCUGAUGAGAAAACCGAUGACUACGAUCCCUUCAACCCGUGGCAGAGAACAGAAGCUGCAUCUGAUGAAGUUUUCGACGGCUACCGGAAGUAUUGGAUGCAACGGAAUGCCAAUGAGCAAAAGAAGCAGGACUAUGAGAUGCUGGAGAUUCCGGAAAAUUCUAAAUCAAUCACAGAAGAGACUCCUGUGGGAAAGGGGAAAGAAAAACGUAGCUCAGGAGGACUUUUGUGGACUGUGGAAGAUAUUGAAGAGGGUGAUUAUCAACUGAGUACCACUAGCUUACCACCAGAAGGCAAUCAAACCACAGGGAAGAAGAAAAAACUCACCAAGAAAGCUUCAAAAGUCAAAAAGAAGUCAAUUGAUGAGAUUUUUGAUGUUGCAGAUCAAAAACUUGAUCGAAAAAUUACGCGAAAAAUUGAAAAACUCCGCAAAGUAAAGGAAAACCCAAAGAAGUCUCGGCAGGAAAGGAGAAAAGAGGGGAAUCAGGAUGAAAAUCACCUCAAUUUGGAGCUCAAAAAGAAUGCACAACGUCCGGAAAUUGAUGAAGCUCUCGAGGAGUCUACAGAGAGGCGGAAAGGGGAUAAUUCACAGGGAUUGGACAAUAUCAAGGCAGUUUUGUCUUCGGGGCAUGAAAAGGAAACCCCGGAGGAAGUGGCAAAUAUUGCUCCAGACAAUUUUGCAACGGUGGAAAUUAAAUCUCUCAAUACAGCCCUUCCGGAUAUGAUGCACGAAGAGGAUGACGGGGAGGAGGUGAGAGUGAAUGGGAAGCUCUCGUUGACGGAAGCUUUUGAGGAUGAUGACAUCUUCAAGGAUUUUUCACGUGAAAAAUCCGAUCAAAUUGCUGCAGAUCAACCACAGGAUAUUGAUCUCACACUCCCAGGAUGGGGUUCGUGGACAGGUCAAGGGGUUGUGAAGCGCCAAAAACGAAUGAUACUCAAAUUCCCGAAGAAUCUUCCUCGAAAGGAUUCCACAAAGAAUUCCGUCAUCAUCAAUGAGAUCCUGAGUGAGAAGGCAAAGGAGCAUCUGGUGCGUGAUCUUCCGUAUCCCUUUACGAGUGUUCGGGACUUUGAGGCCUCCAUCCGGGCACCCGUUGGGAGGACUUUUGUACCCGAAACUGCCCACAGGGUGCUGACAAAGCCCAACCUGGUCACGAAAAUGGGCACAAUUAUUGAGCCAAUGGAUGAGAAAGUUCUCCUCAAUGCGGAUAAACCACAAAGAGUGAAAACAACAACAGAUCGUAGGAUUGAGAAGCUCUUUGAGAAGGAGGAUGUUAUGCAUUUCUACACCGUUGGUCCGAUCGCGAUGAAAUUUGGUACAGCGUCUACUGAUACCAGGCGGUUUUCACCAACGACAUUCAUUUUCCCCCCAGAGCCCCCCUUUGUAGCGCCCCCAUAUAAAAUUCAUGCUUUUUUGACUACUUUUUGAAUUUGGCGCCCUUUUUGGUACAUUUUGUUGAAGAGAAAAUGAGAUGGAUGCAUUUUCCUGCUAUCAUAUCCCCAUAUGCUGAAUGGCGUAUGGGGUUCAUCGUGUGCGGUGCGGAGUUUAUUUUAAUAAUUUGAUAUUUUUGCAUAAUAAAUGUGAAUGUUUUGUUGGAAAUAA